ACAAUGAUAGAUGGUAAGGUGACUAAAAGGCAUUAUAGAAAGUUGAAAAGAAAAAUUGAAUUUUUAUAUUAUUACUACUGAUCUUGAUCCUAAAGGAUAAUUGAUAGUAUAUAACAUUGUUUUAUUUUUAGUUGGCAUUAUCUACAUAGCAAUGUUAAUGUCCCCUGAGAAACUCAUGCCGAACAUCAUUUUCUCUGAAUUAUAUUUAAUAUUCAUCCAGUUACAACUGUUAUGCUUUUUCUAACAUUCACCAGCUAUUGGUUUGGGACGUCAUUCCUCUUUAUUUAUUCAGUCUUUUAGUCAAAUGCAAAGUAGAACCUAACACAUGUGCGUCAACUCAAGUUAUAACACAUCACCACAGCGAAAUAAAAUGAUCAAUCACAGCCAUUCACCUACUUACUGAAGACGAUAGUGUUUGGCUCCUCUAUCUAAAUUUAUACUUAUUAAGAAAAGCACUGACAAGAGUGAGUGCAUUAACGAGUCAAAAAGAUUGUUUACAUCCGAUUGGUUCAUUGAAGUCAGCCAAUGGACAAAGCAGCCAAUCAGAAGCCAGAAACUGUGACAAGCCAACUAUUACCCUCAUUGGCUGUCGAUCGUACACAGACCACAUGUCUAACCUCUGGAAAUAAUCUUGUAAAAGCUCAUAUGUCAAACCAAUCAUACGACAGUAGCUACCAUUGCUCGACUGAUUUUCAUCAAUAUCCCUCAUCUUUACCAAAUCAGUCUAGUUUAAAAGAAUCAAUAUUUCUUGAAAGUAAUGAGGACAAUAAUGGAGAUACGAAGUCAACCAUCGGUAGUAGUCAACAAAAACAUGGUUUGAUUAAAAAAUUAUUAAAUCGAACACAUUCAAAUAAUACUAACAAUAGUACUAAUAGUAAUAGUAGUCCAGAGAAAUUGAAAAUCUUGGAAUUACGGUCUCAUCGUCGACCGCAACAGGCCAUAGACGCUUCACAGAAAGUUAUGGGAAAUGUUCAUCAUGGUAACCCAAGCUAUGGGGCUGGUGUUGGCGGUGGUGUUCUUCAUUCUCCCGAUGACAAUGUCACCAAUAAGAUAACCAAAAAUGCAACCAAUACAAAAUCACAUAAUAAGCAGUUAGUCAUACAUAGUCAUCCAACUAAUCAACAGACAUUAUCAACAUCAUCUUCACAUGAUGGUCAUAUAUCAUCUUCUGGUAAAACUAAUUCACCAUCAAUUAACAGUAGUCAUACUAUUACUACUACUCCUAGCAAUAAUAAUAAUGUUAUUGAUGGAGUUGUAAAUAAUGCAUCUAAUCCUACAACAACAAAUGAAACAAUUGUCCAAUUACAAGAAAUGAUUGCACAUUUAAAAGCUGUUGUCAAUGCAAAAGAUCAACGAAUACAAGAGCUUGAAAGGGAUAAGGAUAAACUGCGCUCUGUACUUCAUCAACAAUUAACUAGUAGUUGGGACGACUCAACAUUAUCCUCACCUGUUGAAGGCCUUAAAGUGAUUCACGAGGAUCUCCCAUCUAUUAAUGAGACAAAUGUUAAUAAUAAUAUCAAUGAUGACAAACGUAAUGAUGAUGAAUCCCAUAGUCCUUCAUCAUCAUCAUCUACUCCAGCUGGGUCUCCACUAGUUACUGAUGUCACUACCCCGCCUCCCGCAGCUGCUUUGUUACUUCGUAAACGUCUAGGUGUCUCUGGCGAAUCAAUGAAAUGUGCACAAGAAUUAGUUUAUCAUGAUAAAGAUGCCAAUUCUCGUCGACAAAUACGUGAAGCUUUACGAAGUAAUGAUUUAAUCAAGAAUUUAGAUGCAGUUCAGUUACAAGAGGUUGUCUCUUGUAUGCAUGAACAAACAGUGCCAGCUAACUGUUAUAUUAUACGUGAAGGCGAUGACGGUGGACAUUUAUAUGUCGGUGAAGAAGGUGAAUUUGAAGUUUCAAAAGGUGGUAAACGUUUGUAUAUUAUGGGAGCUGGUCGUUGUUUUGGUGAAUUGGCUUUAUUAUAUAAUUGUAAACGUACGGCAUCUGUAAAAGCUGUAACUGAUGCACGUGUUUGGGUAUUGGAAAGAGCAUGUUUUCAAGCGAUUAUGAUGAAAACUGGUUUGGAACGUAUUGAAGAACGUAAAGCAUUUCUACGAAGUGUCCCACUGCUCAAAGAUUUAUCACCUAAUCGAAUAUUACGAAUAGCUGAUGCAUUAGAGGCUCAAUACCAUUCGGCUGGUGAUUGUAUCAUAAGGCAAGGUGAACUGGCUGACAGCUUCUUUUUAAUUCAAUCUGGAAAGGUUCGAGUCACUAUAUCCUCACCUCAAAAUGGUUCAAAUGAAACCAAAGAAACUGAAAUUAGACAAUUAACCAAAGGUGAAUAUUUUGGUGAAAAAGCAUUGCUCGGUGAGGGUCGUCGAACAGCAAAUGUUUAUGCUGUUGGUCCUGGUGGUGUUGAAGUGUUAUGUUUAUAUCGAAAAGACUUCUUGGAAUUGAUUGGUGAUAUACAGGAAUUAAAAAAUAAAGAAUAUGCCGAUGAAGAAACACGAUUAUUAGGCCAUAGUUCAUUUUCACAGAAUUCAUCCAUUGCUACUAUAAGCACAAAAGAUACUGGUAAAUUAGAUUUAGCUUCAUCAACAAAAAGUCAAGAUGAAUUACAUACAAAAUUGGGUUUAAUUAAUCAACCAUUACUACCGGCUAGUUUAUUAUUACAACCAAAAAUUCAAUGUAAUAUACUACUGAAAGAUUUAGAACGUAUUUGUGUGCUGGGUGUUGGUGGUUUCGGUCGAGUGGAUUUAGUAACAUUAACAAAUGAUCGUACUCAAGCAUUUGCAUUAAAACGAUUACAAAAAGCACAUAUUGUACAAACACGUCAACAAGAACAUGUAUAUUGUGAAAAAUUAAUUCUUUCAUCUGUUUCAUCACCGUUUAUUUGUCGACUAUUCAAUACAUAUCGUGAUAAUAAAUAUGUAUACAUGUUAUUAGAAGCAUGUUUAGGCGGUGAAUUAUGGACUAUCCUUCGUGAUAGUCAUCAUCUUGAAGAACGUACAACAAGAUUUUGUUUGGCAUGUUGUAUUGAGGCAUUGGAUUAUUUACAUCGUCAUGGAAUUGUUUAUCGUGAUUUAAAACCAGAGAAUAUGCUGGUUACAUCCAAAGGUUACAUUAAAUUAUGCGAUUUCGGAUUUGCUAAAUACAUUGGAAUUGGUCAAAAAACAUGGACAUUCUGUGGUACACCAGAAUAUGUUGCACCAGAAGUAAUUCUUAAUCAGGGACAUGAUUUCGCUGCAGAUUAUUGGUCAUUAGGUAUUUUAACCUUUGAAUUACUUACAGGCGCUCCACCGUUUCAAGCAUCAGAACCAAUUAAAAUCUAUAUGAAAACAUUGAAAGGUAUAGAUGCUUUGGGUUUAGCACAAAACAAAUAUAUCAGUUUAAAAGCUUUACAAUUUAUUCGACGAUUAUGCCGAUUUAAUUCAUCCGAAAGAUUAGGUGUUGGUAAAUAUGGAAUACAAGAAAUACGUAGUCACAAAUAUUUUCAAGGAUUUGAUUGGGCUGGUAUAGUUAAACAAACAUUGACUACUCCAUUCAGAGUUAAAUUGAAUGGACCAUUGGAUCAUUCAAAUUUUGAUCGUUUCACAAUGGAUGAACAAGAAGCUCCAGAUGAAUUAUCAGGAUGGGAUGCAAAUUUUUAAAAUUUAUUCAGAAAAAUACUUAUAUACAUGUGCAGCAGGUGUACACCUUUACAGACAUACACGUUGACAUUCAUAUUGUUUAAACUUUUUUUUUCUUUUGUUUUUUAAUUUGUUGAAAAAAGCUAGAAGGGACCAAUGGAUUACAUGAAUGAAUUGUUGAAUUAUUGAAGUACUGGAAUACAACUGUGCAAUCCAUGUUAUACAUUGUCUUCUUAUCUCUCUUUCUUCUUCUUCUUCUUCUUCUUCUUCUUCUUCUUCUUCUUCUCUAUCUUAUCAAUACUGUUAUUUUGAUAAAAAUGAUACUGUAUAUUAUAGUCUGUAUUCAAUGUAUAUGUAUGUGUCGUAUGUUGAAUUUUUUUACUCUAUGGUCAACAUAUAAUAUACUUAUCAUUUAAGCUUGAUUUCGAUCCAUUUUCCCCCUUUCCUUUCUCUCUCCCCCCUCUCUCUUUUUUCCUCUCAUUACCCAUGUGUAAUUAUUUUCGGACAAGUAAUCGAAUCCGUUAUCAAUACAGACUGUAAAUUCUUGAGUAUCUUCUUCUAUUUUAACAUGUAUUUAUGUGUAGGUCUGUAAGAACUAUGCCUUAGUUUGCGUGCGUAUGUGCGCGCGUGCAUUGUGUGUCUGCUUUCUUUUUUUGUUUCUUUUUUUUUAGUCGAUAUGUUUGUAUGUCUAUCACCAAUUUUUGGUCGUUGUUGUUGUUGCCGAUUAUGUAACAAUUUCAUGGAAAUGAGAAGAGAGUUCGUUGGUCCUUUUCUUUUGUUUUAUUUAUUUAUAUUACUAAUUAUACUACUCAUUGUUCAUUCAUAUUGAACAUAAAUGAAUUCAUAAAGAGAAAUAUUAAACGAAUUGAUCACACCCUCUUCCCCCCUUUACAAAAGAUAAAAAAUUUUCAUUCUUCUCUUUCAUUGUUUUUGUCAAUCAGUUAUUUCGACUUAUUCCUGUUGUUGUUGUUGUCGUCGUCGUCAUCAUCAUCAUCAUCAUCGUUGUUGUUGUCAGAAUAUGUUAUACAAAACAAAGUAGAUGAUUAUUAUAAUAUUGAAAAUAUGUGCCUCAUUGUUGAUGGUUUUUUCUUCCGCUUUUUCUCUAUUUUUUCUUCUAUUUUUUCUUUUUCUUCAAUUCUUCUCAUAUGGAAUGAUACUGCUGUUUUGAGCACUGCUGACUUGUUUACAUGAUAUAUAUAUAUACAUAUAUGCACACAUACACCUUUUUUUAAAAUGAAGAAAGAGCUCAUUCAUAUUUGUUUAUUUUCUUUCAUUUGUGUGUGUGUGUGUGUGUGUGAAACAUGAGAUGAUGAUGAUUGAUUAUAAUUGACAGAUAUUAUUUUUUAUUAGAAGAGCUUAUAGAUCAUUGUCGUCAUUGAUUGGAAUACAAUAAAACAUGGAAUAAACCAUGGUUACCAUUACUGCUCUGGGUUUUUCUUUUACUCAUCGGUCAUUACACAUUUUUAUAUAUAUAUAAACUGUAUACAUAAAGGAAGUGAGUGAUUUUAAACAUGAAGUAAACAAAUUCUUCUCACUAUUCAUUCAUCUUGAUGCUAUUGUGUAUACCUCUAUCUGACUAUAUCAUUAUGUAAAUGCGUUCAGAUUUUCCUAUUCUAUUCUUGAAUGUAUUUUUCUGUUGUAAAACCCUGAUACAGGUAGAUAGGUAGAUAGAUAUAUCUAUGCAUAUGCAUACAUGCAUGAAUGCCUCUGAAAUCGAUUCCGUCGUUUCAGUUUGUUCCUUCGUCAAUUCUUUUUUUCUCUCUCCCUCUCUGUCUAUGUGUAUAACAUAACAGGCCUAAGACAAGCAGAAUCAAAUAUACAAAAAAAUUCCGAUUAUUACAUUGAUAAUGACUAUGUUUAUUUAUCAGAUAGAUCAGAUAUGUUUGAAUGAUUUGUAUAAACUUUUAAUGAUCAAAACAAUAUCGUCUAUCAUGUUUUGUUGGUGUUGUUACUGCUGUGUAUUUAUUAUUUUUUUGGCAAUGAUGGUCUGUAUUGUUUUUCAUUACCUCCCCCCCACACCUCUUACCUUAACUACUGCGAAGAAAAAGCACUAUUCAAUUACUUGUUUCAUGAAGUGUGUUGCUUUAUAUAGUUGGAUGCGCCUUUUUUUGUUGACAAUUCAUUUUACAUUUGAUUUGAUUAGUGUUAUUAUUAUUGUGAUCGGUGUGUUCAUAGUUUCGGUCAUUGAUUUUCCUGUUUUCCAUUUGAAAAAAAUGAUUCAAUACUACUACUGCUCUUUUGUUAGUAGUAAUUAACGUUCUGCUGUUAUAACUUUUAAUGAAAUAAUGUGUGUAUAUUUAAAUGUUAAUCAAUUCAUCUUCUUCGUCUUCUUCUUCUCAAAGUAACCAUCAUCUUGUUUACCGAUUAUUACACAGUUUUUUGUGUGUAUUUUUUCAUUCUGCUUUCAGAGGAGGUGAAUGGAGACAAUGAUUUAUUUUUUGAAGUAUGUGAUGAAUCCUGUUCUUCAGUUCAUUCGUUCGUUUGAUUGAUUUUUUUGAUUCGUUUUUUCUGUUGUCAACUAUUUUUUUUUUUAAUUUUUCAUUCAUUUGCAAGAGAAGAUUGAAUACAAUGUUCCUACUUUGCCUUCUCAUUCAUUCACUCAAUUCUCUUUCUCUCUCUAUCACACUCUCUUUCUGUAUUUGCAAAAAACGAAUAAUUCUACUUUAUAAUUCAUACAUAAAUAGAAACAGUGACAUCUUGUCAUCAUAUAAAUAAAAUUAAUAAAGUAUUGUUUUACAAGUUUA